CUAUCAAAGAUAGACGAAGUAGGAGGCAUAUUCCUCCCAUUUACACUCCGAAGCAAUCGAUGGAUUUAGGUCAGCAUCAGAACAUGCCAACUCCAUUGACGCCGCCACAGAGCGCCACAGAUACGAAAGCACCAGCUGCCAGUGAGAAUACAAAUCCAUUUAUCACGGAAACAGAGCAUUCACCCGCUCCAACGCCGCAUGUAACCAAUCCAUUUGAAAUGAAUGAACAGGCGAAUAAAGCUGCCGCUACCUAUCUCGCUGCACAGAAUGGAGGAGCAUCAACAAAUCCAUUUGAAAACGAGACUUCUAUUGGCGCCUCUGAUCAAUCAGGUACAUAUCCUAUCCAUCUUAAUAAUGCAAGAACUUUGCGGUCUUCGUUCGAUAGCUCAAAGGAAGAUCAUCAGCCAUCGAAUGUAGACAACAAUGGCAAUAGGAUCAAUCGUCAAUCCGCAGAGUUAAUGAGGAGAUUCUCCAGUCGUAGAAAUGCUCUCCAUGGCCCUUUUUAAUAACGAUAGAAAGAAGCUCAUGUGUGCCUCCUUAAAGUUUGCUCUGUAAUUUGAGCCUUUUUGUUUCUACUCCCCCACGUGUUCAGACUGUGCACAGUCCCCUUUGUGGUUGUGUAACUGGAGCCAUUACAUCAUUUCAUCAAAAUACAAGACGGAUGCAUUCGAGAUGUGCAUUAUUCCUGUCUGCUUUAUUUAAAGAACCCGACAGAAAUAUUUUCAACGAUUACAAUAGUCGAGU